AUGGAUCUGAGGACGCUCUUCAUUAUCAAUUGCUCCAAGUCUGGAUGCAACUUUGGCAGGGUAGAGGCGCCGCAGAUAUGGGGAACUACACGGUCACACACGAGCUUCCCUAACACCAUGGCCCCUGUGUCGUCUGCCAACCGGGGCUUUGCUGGGGCUUGCCGGGAGUUGCUGGGACUCUUGCUGCAUCCUCAGCUUAACAGAACGCUGAUAUGGGGCAGCGAUUCACGUCAAAGACGAGAUGAUGCUGCUUGGGAUGGUAGGGGUGUUGGUUUCAAACGUCAUUGUCAAACGCACUGA